AUGCAGAUUGAAUUGUUUCUCUUUUUCACCUCAGCAACUCUUGCGUUUAGCUACGAGGAGAAUUAUGGAGCUCAGGAGCAUCACUCAGUCCGACCGAUGGCCUCAUCAGGAAAUAUUCCUGUGGUUUCGGAAGCUCAUUAUGGUACACUCUGCACUAAAGAACACACUCUAAACAUUUUUCGUAGUGGACUACGCAAGCAUAUUCCCCACAAAACCAUCAAUCGUCCUAUGCUGAAGAACACCUAUUCGGUCAUUCACCCAGCACCUGAGAGCAAUCCCUACAUAAUUCCCAGGGUAGAUGAGGUGGAUUCCUUGGACUUGUUCCCGUCACAGCCUGAACAACCAGAGGAACCCCAUUUGCCGGAUGUUCUCCCGCAAUUCAAAGUCGUACAGCCGCCGGACUGGCUCUCGCAAACGCCGAAACCGCUCCCACCCCGUCCUUAUCCAACCGAGGCUCCAGUCAUCACAACGACCGCGAAAUCCAUCUAUGAGAUCAACUAUUGUGAUCGAAAGGAGUUUCCCGAUGAGAUCUUGGCACAAUACGGCUUGGAACGGAUUGAAUAUUUCAUUUGGAAUAACACUUGCAGUCACGUUUUCUUUCAGUGCGCUAUUGGGCAGACGUUUAUGUUAAAGUGCCCUUCCGAAGAUGAAGCUUUCGAUCGAGAGACGGUUAAUUGCAAUUUCCGGAAUAGUGUCAAAGUGUGCCCGGAAUAUGAUCACGUGAUGCAUUGCUCAAUUCGCGAUCAAUGCACCCAGGACGAGUUCGCAUGUUGCUCGCAACCACAGAAAUGUUUGCCAUUGAUAAAGAGAUGUGAUGGACAUUCGGAUUGUGCUGAUGGUGACGAUGAGAAUAAUUGUCCUUCAUGCCAACGUGAUGAGUUCGCUUGUGUGAAGAGUGGGCAAUGUAUUCCGGCUGCGCAAAGAUGUGACGGCAAUCCGGACGAUUGCGGUGACGGGACGAAUCUCGACGAGAUCGGAUGCAGUCGGAAUGAAACUUGUGUCGGCAAAUUCAUGUGUCAUUCAUCGCUUGAUGGGCCAUCUUGUAUCGAUUAUUCCCUUCAUUGUGACGCGCAUCGAGAUUGUCAAAAUGGAGAGGAUGAAGUGAAUUGCAAAGUGUCUGAAGCGAAAUACAUCCUUUGCGAGAACCAGAAGCAGCAAGUGCUCCGAUCACAAUGGUGUGAUGGGACAGGCGAUUGCGCUGAUGGAAGUGAUGAGAAAUAUUGUUUC